AUGGCCACCGCCGACCACAACGACACUCACCCCUACUCCGUGACGGGCAAUGAGACCAUCAAAAGACAUUACCAGACACUGUUCCGCAAGUAUGAGACGCUGAAGGAGGAGCACGACUCCCUCCGCAACCGGUACUCCGAUUUGGUGGCAUCUCAUGGCGACUAUGUCUCCAAACUGGAGUCCGCUCAGGAGGAGAGCUUCAGACACCGCAAGAACUUCGAGGAAUCGAUUCAGGAGAAGAACAUCGCUAUCAUUGAGAGGAAUGGACUCAAACAGCAGUGCACUCAAGCCAUCAGACAGUGGGACAAAGCCCUGCGAGAGAUCAAUGAGCUUAAGGAACAGCUGACCAAAGUUCAGCACCAGAGGGAUGAGGCCAUGAAAGAGAUCAAUCAGGCGAUGGCUGUGCGGAUCAAAGCCAUCAAAGACAUGGCGCGACUGACCGAAGAGCGGAACGCCGCCCUUCAGGAGUACUCUCUGAUAAUGUCUGAAAGGGAUACCGUUCACAGAGAGAUCGAGAAACUCCAAGAGGAACAGCAGGUCCUCCAACGCAAGACUAAACAACUCGAGGCCGAGAGGAAGACGUCCACCGAAGAGAUGGAGAGUCUGAAGCGCGAGAUAUCGUCGGCACUGUUCGAUAGGGAUCGGGUGCUGAAGGCGUGCAACGAUUUGCGCGAGAAGUACGGCGAUUACGUGACCGGCAAUGACGACAGCGCCACAGCUACCAGUCCCACAUCACCGCAAUCCAAGUCGGGACACAACUUCUGGGGCUCGUCGUCGUCGGGAGUGUCGACCUCGUGGGUGAUGUCGAAGAACCCGAAUGUGGUGUUGUCCGCGGCCUCCAGUAACAGCUCGGUCUCCACGUUCAGUCACCCGCAGCACAAGCAGUGCAGUAACGGGCGUCUGGACAACAUAGACCAGGCUAACUGCGAGAUCGAGUCACUCCGCAAACAAGUGGAACGCCUACAGACGGAUCUCGCGGAAGCUCAACAGGAGGUGGAGGUCUGCAAACGGCGGCGCGACUGGGCUUUCAAUGAAAGGGACAAAAUAGUGCUCGAAAGGGAAAGCAUUAGAACCCUAUGCGAUAAACUGCGGCGAGAAAGAGAUCGAGCGGUCAGUGAUUUGGCGGAAGCCCUGCGAGAGUCGGACGAUAUUAAGCGCCAGAAGAAUGAGACGACAAAAGAGUUGAAGGAAUUGAAGGAGAAGAUCGACGGCUUGAAACUGGAUCGCGAUUCGAGGCCUAAGUCUCAGCACAACUCGCAGUUGGGAACCAAUAAUAGCAGCCGAGACUCGGCCAUCGAAGCAGACCUUCAGGAGUACGAAAUCGAGACCAUAAACGUGUCGUUGAAACGCGAACUUAAGUCCUAUGAAUGGGGGUUCAGUUUGAAGUCCGACGACAAUGUUCUUCGUGUGGAUAAAGUGAUGAAAGAUAGUGUCGCCGACGGAAAGCUUCUCACGAAUGAUGUGUUGAUGAAAAUAAACGAAACGCUCGUUAAUAAUGAGCUGAAAGUGGCCACAGAUUUGCUUAAGAAGAAUGACUUGCAGAUAGUGUUGACUGUUCAACGAAAACGAGUGACUCGUUGUGUACAAAAUAUUACGAUUAGUGUGGAUAAGGGCCAGGAGUUGGGUCUCGAGUUAGAGAGUGGUUACUACGUGAGUCGUAUUAAUGCCGGAUCUGUUGCGGCAAAAGAGGGUAAUAUAGCGAUCGGGGAUCGAGUCCUGUCUAUCAAUGAUAAGACACUCGACGAGAACUCCGUCUACGAAGUGAUGCAAAUCCUGGAGCGGACGCCUAAUAUUGUGUUGCAAAUCAUGAAAAACAAUCUCAGCGUUGGCUCCCAAUCCAACAGCAGCUCAUCCAUUGUUAACACUUCCAAAAGCAGCUCAGAGUCGACGGACUCCAAGAACUCUAAUCAUAGAGAAAGACAACGAAAAAACGUCUGCUCACAGACGGACAGCUUCUUAGCUCAACCCACACCCAGACCUACAGUGCCUUCCAUUUACCAGCCGUUGAAUAGCCGAACGAAUGACGAAAUGAAUUCAGUCAUGGGUUCCACUAAUAAAAGUAUGAUGUCUUCGUUCACCAAUCCAUACACUUCCGCGUCAGUCGCACACGAGUCGAAGCCAACUGUGACAACGGCGCCGACACUCCUCGAUAAGGCCUACAAUAAGAUAUACGGCGAACGCAAACCUAACUCCAAGACUAAACAACAAAAUCACGCCGAAGACGAGACCAAGACUUUGGCCGAAUUGGACAAAGUGUUGGACAAGUAUUCCAAUGGAAAGACAUACGAGAAGAACGCAAAGUAUGUAAAGUCUGGCAAAAGUUCAAAGAAGGAGAAGAAUGGUGGCACGUGGCCUAAGUAUAGGGGGCACCCACCCGUCCCUUCACUACAAAACUACGGCAACGUGAACGCAGUCAUGACAUUACACCCAAUCAAACGCAAAGAACGCAAGUCUUUAGGCAUUUUCACCAAUAUAUUCACCAAAUCUGACAAAAACUCUUCGGCUAUGACACAAUCGCCGACAACGACUUCCGAAGCGCCCGAAUCUUCGAAUACCAGUAUUAAAGAGGAAUCGAUGACUCCCUCGAGUUUCCUGAUCUUCGAACCGGCCUCAGAGGCAGCCCUCAUAGACUACGAGCGCAACUCAAAGCGAAACUCCACUCACUCUUCCCGUCCGCCAACUCUCCAAUCGUUCGCCACUCAAAAGCCAAUCUAUUCAUCAAACGGACAAUCAUUUAAUGGCAAUAAGUUGGAAACACUCGACCGCAAGAUCUAUCACCCGCUCAAAGCAAUCACAACGAACUCAUCACUCGAUUACUCUGUAGUGUCCGCGCAAUCGAAAGACAAGAAUGUUUUGGAUUACUAUAAGAACCGCACGAAUGCUAAGCAAAUGAGACCGCAUUCAGUGCACGACGUGCUCACAGAUGUCACACAACCGCUCACUUCCAAGACAUUAGCCAUGACUGCCGACCAUUCGUCGUACGACUCGUUUCAAGCGCCCAGUGCCUCAUCCCCGCCCCCCAACUCAGCCCCAAUACCCCCCAUUAGAAACCCCUCUUCCUAUGCAUACUAUGCGCUGAACAACAUAUCGCACCCGCCGUCCACAUCAGGCCUUCACAUCCAUCACAACCAUUACUCUGCGAAUCAACACAUGACGAGAGGAGUGGGUCAGCCACCUGUCCGCCACUCGACGAGCCCUCAAAGUCUUAUCUCGGGUUUCAUCUCCCGGAGCGGCGACUCACUUCUCAGCGCUAAUGAAAGCCAAAUGCAUUCACACGACUUAUCGCACUCGAGGUCUGUGAGCGCAUACCAGGGCGGGGUUCGGCCGUAUACUGUCAAAGACAAUCUGGUCAAUAGAUAUAGUAUUACUCCAUCGCCAUCGCCCUCACAAUACAGCGGCGGUCUGUUUGGUGGUCCCUCGCCCUCCCAUAGUAUGGAUAUAAUCACAACUGUCCCCUCAGGCGCUCACUUUCAUACCAUAAAUCAGCCGAAACGCCUGGUGGCCCCCCAGCACACCCACGCCAGCCAUUUGCACCACUCGAGUAUUAACAACACCGGAGUCUACCGAAGCGAUGACAACAAUCUGGGAAUUCCUUCGUUUGACGGUUUGUCGACAUUUCCCAAACGCAACCAACGCUUCCGAAUCCCGUCCAACCAGAGCGUCACCUCUAAGUCGUCGACUGGGAAGCUAUCGACCAGUUCUAUAGAGAAGGCCUCGUCGUCCAUACUGUCAGACCGGGGGAGUCCUAUGCCGUGCGGCUAUCACGUCGAGUACCCGAAACGCCUGGUGGCCCCCCAGCACACCCACGCCAGCCAUUUACACCACUCGAGUAUUAACAACACCGGAGUCUACCGAAGCGAUGAUAACAAUCUGGGAAUUCCUUCGUUCGACGGUUUGUCGACAUUUCCCAAACGCAACCAACGCUUCCGAAUUCCGUCCAACCAGAGCGUCACCUCUAAGUCGUCGACUGGGAAGCUAUCGACCAGUUCUAUAGAGAAGGCCUCGUCGUCCAUACUGUCAGACCGGGGGAGUCCUAUGCCGUGCGGCUAUCACAUCUAUCACCCGCUCAAAGCAAUCACAACCAACUCAUCACUCGAUUACUCUGUAGUAUCCGCGCAAUCGAAAGACAAGAAUGUUUUGGAUUACUAUAAGAACCGCACGAAUGCUAAGCAAAUGAGACCGCAUUCAGUGCACGACGUGCUUACAGAUGUCACACAACCGCUCACUUCCAAGACAUUAGCCAUGACUGCCGACCAUUCGUCGUACGACUCGUUUCAAGCGCCCAGUGCCUCAUCCCCGCCCCCCAACUCAGCCCCAAUACCCCCCAUUAGAAACCCCUCUUCCUAUGCAUACUAUGCGCUGAACAACAUAUCGCACCCGCCGUCCACAUCAGGCCUUCACAUCCAUCACAACCAUUACUCUGCGAAUCAACACAUGACGAGAGGAGUGGGUCAGCCACCUGUCCGCCACUCGACGAGCCCUCAAAGUCUUAUCUCGGGUUUCAUCUCCCGGAGCGGCGACUCACUUCUCAGCGCUAAUGAAAGCCAAAUGCAUUCACACGACUUAUCGCACUCGAGGUCUGUGAGCGCAUACCAGGGCGGGGUUCGGCCGUAUACUGUCAAAGACAAUCUGGUCAAUAGAUAUAGUAUUACUCCAUCGCCAUCGCCCUCACAAUACAGCGGCGGUCUGUUUGGUGGUCCCUCGCCCUCCCAUAGUAUGGAUAUAAUCACAACUGUCCCCUCAGGCGCUCACUUUCAUACCAUAAAUCAGCCGAAACGCCUGGUGGCCCCCCAGCACACCCACGCCAGCCAUUUACACCACUCGAGUAUUAACAACACCGGAGUCUACCGAAGCGAUGACAACAAUCUGGGAAUUCCUUCGUUUGACGGUUUGUCGACAUUUCCCAAACGCAACCAACGCUUCCGAAUCCCGUCCAACCAGAGCGUCACCUCUAAGUCGUCGACUGGGAAGCUAUCGACCAGUUCUAUAGAGAAGGCCUCGUCGUCCAUACUGUCAGACCGGGGGAGUCCUAUGCCGUGCGGCUAUCACGUCGAGUGGGUCACUGACCCCAUCACUGGCUCCACGAAUGGCGCCAAACGCGUCGCAAAACCCGGCGAUGUCCGAAACAUUUCUAUCGAACGAAGUUCUGCGCCUUCGAUGGGUAUAAACAUCUCGCCGUCGACUUUGGGCGGAGUGUUCGUGUGUAAUGUGACUGAAAACAGUUUGGCCGCUCAGGCGGGCCUCUUAGUGGGCGACCAGUUGCUCGAGAUCUGCGGCAUCAAUAUGAGGAGCUGUACGAGCUAUGACACGGCCGCCUCUGUGCUCAGACAGUGCGGGAACAGCAUCUUUAUGAUAGUUCAGUACAAUCCCGACAAAUACACCGAAGACAACGACUCGGAUGACGCCGACGUUGAAGAGGACGACGACAUGGAGGACGAGGACGCGGACGACACGCCCGCCAACGACUCGACGUCGACCUCCACUCCCCAGUCGUCGCCCAUCGAAAGCAAACAGCACUUAGUGAGGGCUAACGCGACGGCCAACGACCCAAACAUUCCGAGUUCAGCCAAUUCAACGCUCACCCGAUCUAAGGCCGCCUCCAGAAGCGCCUCAAACGCGAGCCGUAAUACCGAGAAAACUCUGACCGACUAUUCUAUACGAGAGAGACAGUCGUCGUUCAAGCAGUCGUCAAAUGUUUGCGAUCCCCGACGUAUUCUCGUCAAAAAGCCCUCUAAUCUGGGCAUCAGUUUGUUUGGCGGCAACGCUGUCGGCAUUUUCAUCCAUUCUGUGCGCGACGACGCCCUCUCCAGCGGUUCCAAUGGCCUUAAACCCGGGGAUCAGAUUCUAGAGUACAAUGGCGUCGAUCUUCGAAACGCAACGGCAGAGGAGGCGGCCAUCGAGUUGGCCAAACCCGCCGACACCAUCACUCUCGUCGCUCAAUACAAUAUGGACAGGUUCAAAGAGAUCCAGGACCAGCACACGGGCGACUCAUUCUUCAUCAGAGCCGCCUUCGAUAGGCCGUCAGUCGACGGCUCACUCGCCUUCCGAAAGGACGACAUCCUGUUUGUGGACAACACUAUGUUUAACGGAGUGCCGGGACUGUGGAGGGCGUGGCUCGUCGACCAAGAAGGACAGAAAGUGAAGUGUGGAGUCAUUCCCAGCAAAUACAAAGUGGAAGAGGAGCUCCUCAUGAAGCGCUCCCUUACGGACAGUACCGGCGAAAGCGGUUCCCGGAGUACGACGUCUGCGCGAAGGAGUUUCUUCCGGCGCCGCAAAAGCAAUCACCAGAGAAGCAGUUCCCGGGAGAGCACCAAAGAGUUGGCCAGUUUUUCGGACGUCUCCAUCAACAGCUUCAGCGAAUCGGGCGCUAUAACUGCCGAAACCGACUACAACUACCAACUCCUGCCCACCACUUAUAUACGCGUUGAGAGACUUAGCUAUAAGACCACCCGUCCUGUGAUAGUGAUCGGUCCCCUCCAAGAGGUGCUGUCCAUCAAACUGGAACAGGACUUCCAGACGACGUUCAAGCGGUGCGUUCCUGAGAUUAUGAAGGGCUCGCAGCAGAUGAUGGAGCGCUGGCUUCAGGACCUCAAGUUAGUCGACUACAGGCGUGAUUACAGGGGCUCUCAGGGCUCGCACUUUGAGUGCAUUACAGUCGCGGCCGUCAGAGAAAUUUGUGAUAAGAAUCUUCACGCACUGCUCGAAGUGAGUCCCACAUCAGUGGAGCGACUCAUCAAAUGUCAAAUAUAUCCGGUUGUCGUCUAUUUGAAGUUCAAGUCGACUAAACAGAUAAAGGAGAUCAAAGACCAUCGCUAUCCCAAUGAGAAGUUGACCACAAAAGCAGCCAAAGAGAUGUUCGAACACUCUCUCAAAAUUGAAAGCGAAUACAAACACCUGAUUAACGUUGUGAUCCCCGGCUCUAACCUCUCAUAUAUGGGAACUCAAGUGAAGACAUGUGUAGAAGAAGAGCAAAACAAAGCCCUUUGGGUUUAAUAAUUAGUUUUUAUGAAUGAAAUGUUUUUAUUUAUAUGAUUAUUAUGUAUGAAAUGUUGUUCUUAUUUGACUUUAAGAUAUUUUAUUAUUAUUAUAUACUUUUGAUGCCCUAAUCAUUG